AUGGACCCUGUGACAGAACAUUGGUUCUAUGUGGACCCUGUGCCACAACAUUGGACCUGUGUGGACCCUGUUUCGGAAAAUUGGACCUCUGUGGACCCUGUGACACAACUUUGGUUCUAUGUGGACCCUGUGACAGAACAUUGGACCUAUGUGGACCAUAUGCCAGAACAUGUUUUAUGUGGACCCUGUGACAGAACAUUGGUUCUAUGUGGAUCUGGUGCCAGAACAUGUUUUAUGUGGAUCUUGUGCCAGACAAUUGGACCUGUGUGGCUGCUGUGCCAGAACAUUGGACCCAUGUGGACCCUGUGCCAGAACAUGUUUUAUGUGGACCCUGUGACAGACGAUUGGACCUGUGUGGCUGCUAUGCCAGAACAUUGGACCUAUGUGGACCCUGUGCCAGAACAUUGGACCUGUGUGGCCGCUGUGCCAGGGUGGGGUCUGGCAGACUGCCCGGUACAGUUUCAAACGAGGCGAGAGAGCUCCCACUUUGAUAAAAGCCGCCACAUAUCAUUUCCUGGACCUGGAUUGGGUGGUUACAGGGUUAAUGACGGAGAGUAA